AUGGAUAUCGAUGACAAUAGCCAGCGCAAAAUUUUGAUUCCAAUCGCAUAUACAAUGUCUUUGAUAUCAGCUUAUUUUUAUAAAUAUAUUUACAAGGAACCAUGCAUGACUUCUAUUCUGACAGGAGAAAUGUGGGUAAAAGAAAUGUUGACCGGUCAUCCUAUUCGAUGUGUCAAUGCAUUUCGAAUGGAGCCACCGUUAUUUUUGAGAUUGUGUAAGGACUUAUCAUCGAAGUAUGGAUUGAAAGCUAGUUGUAACAUGUCUAUACAUGAGAAAGUUGGCAUACUUUUAUAUGCACUUGCCCAAGGUGUCUCAAAUAGGGUUCUUGGUGAGCGUUUUCAACGUUCCGGUGAUACUAUAAGUAGGGCAAUUCAUGAAGUUCUUAGAUCGAUUUCUUCUCGAAAGGUCAAGGGUCUUGCACAUGAUAUUAUAAGACCAUAUGAUCCCGAUUUCACCGGUAUCCCGGCUAAAAUAUCCACAGAUACACGAUAUAUGCCUUUUUUUCAAGGUAAUAGUGUUUGUGUGGGUUGUAUUGAUGGUACACAUAUAGCAGCAUGCAUACCUGAGCCCUUACAAAUGCCCUAUAGAGGAAGAAAAGGAUUGCCUACGUUUAAUGUUUUGGCUGCAUGUGAUUUUGAUAUGUGUUUCACGUUUGUAUCAGCGGGUUGGGAAGGUUCAGCACAUGAUACUCGUGUAUUUCUUCAUGCAAUCGGAUCUCCCGAAUUUAAGUUUCCUAAACCACCUGAAGGUAAGUAUUACUUGGCUGAUAAAGGGUAUCCAGAUCGUAGAGGUUAUCUAGUACCAUAUCCAAAGAUAAGGUAUCAUAAGUCACAAUUUGAGUACGUGCCUCCAAAAAAUGAUCGAGAAACUUUUAAUAGAUGGCACUCAUCUCUUAGAAGUUGCAUUGAGAGAUCUUUCGGAGUUUUGAAGCAGAGAUGGAAGAUACUUACUAAAAUGCCACAAUUUAGUAUUGAGAUGCAAAUACAAAUUAUGGUCGCUACAUUUGCACUACAUAACUAUAUAAGGAUAAAUUCUCCAGAUGAUCCCCUUUUUCGAGUGUUAGAGGAUUAUCCAAAUUUUAUACCCUCAUUUGAGCUUCCCGAUGUUCAUGCCGUUUCAAAUAGUGAAAAUGGAGUUGGAAUAUAUACUGAAAUGAAGGUUAUCCGUGAUCGUAUUGCUGAUGAUUUAUGGAAAGCUAGAAGAAACAUUUAA